UGGAGACGCGCUCGGCCUGAUCAGUGUGUUCUGUGCGCUCAUCGCGGUGCCGGGACCUGUCCUCUGCUCCGUCGCCACAGUGGAUGGGAUCUGCGGUGCUUCCUUCCUUCUUUUCCGUUUUUUUGGUUUUGCAAAGCACAGGAUGCUCGCUCUUGGAACCGAGACGCGCGGCACCGAGUGAAAAGGCUUCGGAACCCUCCUGGUCAUCAUGAGGGGCCACUGGCUGCUUCUUAUCGCCUCGCACCUUCUCUUGCUGCCACUGACAGUGUGGUGCGAGCCAGUCAUCUCCCCCAGCGGGCCUCACGUAGUGGUUCCCAAGAGAGGGAAGCUGGAGCUGCGUUGCCAUGACAAUGCCACCACGCCUGACGCCCCACCCAGCUUGAGGUGGCAGUGGGAGAGGGCUCGCCGGCUGGAGGGCGAGGUGGAGGAGGGUGGAGUGGCUUAUGUCAAGGUGCCAUCGGUGCAGGCCCUCCACAUGGGCCGUUACGUGUGUGUCAACAACAGCACACUGGAACACAGCUCCAUCUAUGUUUAUGUGAAAGACGCCCAGAAUGCCUUCCAGCGCACCAUGGUGAAUGUCAUUCUGGUGCGGGCAGGUGAAAACUGCACCAUCCCCUGUCUCGUGACCGACCCCGAGGUAACUCUCCUGGCUUUGGAGACCUGCGAUGGACGACCUUUGCCCUCCGACAUGAUUUACCACAGCAACCUCCAGCGAGGCGUCAUCAUCAGCAAUGUGAGAAAGGAAUAUGAGGGCUGUUACUUAUGUGUGGGACAGCUUCACGGACACAGAGUGACAUCUACCCAAUACACUGUGGAUGUGCGACUUGUUCCAUCGGUGCCGCCGGUGGUCACGCUGUCCCAGAAAGACAUCGUCAUCUUGAGGAGAGGAGAGCAGUUUGCUCUCACCUGUAGCUCCACCAACGUCAACCCAGACUUCAGUCUCAAGUGGGACUUCCCUUCAUCAGCGCAUCCCAAUGAAUCUCAGGCCUCACACAUCCUGUCUGGUUCAGGUGGUUAUCAACGUGCCACGUCGCUCUUGAUCCCAGGUGUCAACGAGUCAGACUCAGGCACCUACCGCUGCUACGCCCACAAUGAGAGAGGCUCCAGUGCUGCAACCCUGCAGCUGGACAUCCGUGAUCAGGGGUUCGUCACCAUGUUAGGAAGUCCAGGUCCAGUCCAGGCGGAUGUUAAAGAAGGGGAGAGCCUGAGCCUCAGAGUAGAAUUAGAUGCCUACCCAUCACCCGGCUCCCUGUCCUGGUCUUACAACGGCAAGCGGCUCCUCAACACCACAGAGCAUGUCAUCACUAUCCACCGCCGCAAAUACAGAUACAUCAGCGAGCUGAGACUGGUGAGGGUUCUCGACUCCGAGGGCGGGAUCUAUAAGUUCUCAGCCAGUCACGAGGAUGCAUCCAUGGAUCAUUCAUUCCACGUAUACGUCAACAGUAAGCCUGUUAUCAUUGCCCAGGAGGGGCCUGUUGACGGACAGGUGCGGUGCAUUGCCGCAGGUUAUCCAGUCCCGAAAAUCAGCUGGUAUUUCUGCGAGCUGCCCCACAUGAGGUGCUCACACCUGCCCAAUGCCACCCAAUGGGAGACUCCAGAGGUCGCCGUGGUGACAGAGUCUGCAUUCGGUAGGAGUGAGGUCGAGAGCCGACUGAACGUCAGCAAGGAGCAGGCACAUUUCCACACCCUGGAGUGUGUGGCGAGUACGGAGGGGGAAGAGGCCUACACACUGUUCUCCAUCAGUGAACGCGUCGUCCCACAUAAACUCUUCACGCCUCUUCUGACUGGCAUGGUGACGACUGGCGUCUUGCUCAGCCUCAUUCUACUGGUGCUCCUAUAUAAGUACAUGCAGAAACCAAAGUUUCAGAUCCAGUGGAAGGUCAUUGAGAGUAUCCAUGGCAACAACUACAUUUAUAUUGACCCCACCCAGCUGCCAUAUGACUCCAAGUGGGAGUUUCCUCGGCAGAAGCUACGCUUUGGUAAAACCCUGGGCUCUGGGGCUUUUGGAAAAGUAGUGAGGGCCACAGCGUAUGGACUCUGCUCUGCGGAUACUGUUACAACCGUCGCUGUCAAGAUGCUCAAACCCAAUGCUCACUCCACGGAGAAGGAGGCGCUGAUGUCAGAGCUGAAGGUUCUUAGUUACCUUGGAAACAACAUGAACAUUGUUAACCUGCUGGGAGCCUGCACUGUCGGAGGCCCAAUUUUGGUGAUCACUGAGUACUGUUGCUAUGGAGACCUCCUCAACUUUCUGCGCAGGAAAAGAGAGUCCUUCCUCAAUUCCCAAGUCGGUGAUGGUUACUAUCGCAACGUCUCAAACCAAACUGAACCGACAAGCAGAGAGAUGACUGGUACAGGAUAUAUGCCCAUGCGUCCCUCUGAGAAAGAACGGUCUUCGCAGUCAGAUGAAAUAGGUGAGCUGUCUCUGGAUGCUGAAGAUCUCCUCAGCUUUUCCUACCAGGUGGCCAAAGGAAUGGAGUACAUCACUUCCAAGAAUUGCAUCCACCGAGAUCUUGCAGCCAGAAACAUUCUGCUGACUCACGGCAGGGUGGCAAAGAUCUGUGACUUUGGGUUGGCACGAGACAUCACCACUGACGCCAGCUAUGUUCUUCGGGGAAAUGCUCGUCUGCCGGUCAAGUGGAUGUCUCCCGAGAGUAUUUUCGACUGCGUCUAUACGUACGAGAGUGACGUGUGGUCCUACGGCAUCCUCCUCUGGGAAAUCUUCUCUCUGGGCAUCAGCCCGUACCCCGGGAUGCAGGUGGGCUCAGCAUUUUAUAGGAUGAUUCAAGAGGGCCGCAGGAUGAGUAGGCCUGAAAUUGCUCCCAUUGAGAUGUAUGACAUGAUGCUGUCCUGCUGGAACCAGGAUCCCCUGAAGAGGCCGUCCUUUAGGAAACUGGUGGAGAAUACCGAGCUGCUGCUGUCGGAAAACACCAAGAACGUGUACCUGACGCUGAACAACGCUCUAGGUCCUUCGGAGCAGCAGAGGGCGUCGUCACGGAGGCUGAGCUCCGUCUGCAGCACGACGGCACCCACCCAGCCUUUACUGCAGAACACGGCGGAUGUGUUCUUGGACUAUGUCUGACACACGCACACACACACACACGUAAAGUUACACGCACAUACACAAUGCUAAGAAAAUACACAACCCCCUCCUACCUCCCUGAUCAUUCUCUCCUUUUACUGCACAACGUACAAGAGCCCAUACACACGCCCUGUAGACUACUAACUAACAUAUUCACUCACACUAACUCUCGAAUGCUGGCCUUCCUGCCUCAGUCACAAACAUACAUACACACACACACGCGUGCACAGAUACUGUAUAUAUAUAUAUAUAUACAACCCUGCACUGAGCUCCAAGUAUUGACUUCUAUCUAAUCUUCCCAUCGGCGUAUUGAUCUCUGUGGUAGGUAUUGUAGGUGCACGUCUAUAUAAAGCAGACUCGUGCACUGACCAUCAGCAGCAGGAGAAGAUUUGGCUCACAUUCAGCCUUAUAGGUUACAUCUUUACAAUGCUUUGGGGACAACAGAGCACAGCAGAGUUGUGGCUUUGAAUACUGUGACUUGUAAAAAAAAAAAAACAACAACUAACUGGUGUUUUGCUGUACGUAUUUUAGAGAUAGCUUUAGUUUAGUCUCUUUAGCAAAGCCACUGUGGCCAGGUGUUUAGACUGAUCGUGUGCUCUUUUUACUUGAUUUAAAUGUCCAACAUGUAUGCAAUGUAAAUACAAUAGAGAUGUGCCUUUAGAUUGUUUCUUUUUAUAUAAAUACUGAACGCAUUUGGAUAUGACACAGUUGUUGUGGUGAGGGCAGCCAGAAGGGAGCUGAUGUACUCUGGUUUUGAGGUUCUUGCAGUUUUGAUACAGUUGGUUGACUUGUAAUAAUAAAGUACCCGUGAUGGUAGGACAA